UAGAAGUCACAAAACCUGCUCUUAACUAACUAAACAUCAACGUACGCUGUAAUGAAUAAUGGGGCCAAAAUUCUCCUUGUUCUGGCCGUUUUGUGGUGGGGGGUGAUGGUUUAUUUCGCCAUAGUGGAGGAGAAGAAAGAGCUUCUACAGCAUAAAGACGUAAAGUGUGGUGAGAGGCCUGAGAGAAUGUACAAAAUACGAGUGACCCGGAUGAUCGGAGGUGCGAAGGUGAAUGUGGGUAUUUGGCCAUGGCAAGUGUCCAUACUCUACCAGUACAAUUCAUCGUUUCCAUUCAGUCAGCACUGUGGUGGAGCUAUUAUCAACAAAUACUGGAUACUGACAGCAGCUGCAUGUGUAAAUGAGGAAAAAGGAAAACUUUUGAUAAGAGCAGGAAGCAAUAGUCUGCAUGUUGAUGAUGCAUCUACACAGCAGUCAGGAGUCGCCAAAUUAGUGAGACAUAAACAAUUCAAUCCAGUAACGUUGCGGUACAACCUUGCUCUUAUAAAACUGAAGACCCCCUUUGUGUUAAAUGAAUUUGUCUAUCCCAUCUGUGUACCGGAUUAUGCUGCUAGUGGGCAUAAAUACGAAUCAUGUCACAUCACAGGAUACAACAAUCAACCUGGUGAAUAUUCUGGCGUACUCCAAGAGGCGAGGGUGUUCGUGAUGUCACAGUCAUUAUGUAAUAAGCCAGAGUUUUGGAACUAUACUGUUGCAGCAGACAUGGUUUGUGCUGGAGGUUUCGGUGGAGGUGUGGAUGGAUGUGAGGAAAUGUUAGGCAGAAUGUUAAAGUAUAUGGAAAAAGACGCAAAAAAAGUGAAUGGUGAUUGAGACUAACAUUCUGUCAAGUUGUGUUCCACUGAAGAAAGUCAUGAGUUUGAAACAACAUGAGGGUGAGUAAUUGAUGUAAAAAUUUUCAUUUUUGGUUCACUAUCCCUUUGGGCCAACUAUUAGCUGACAAUUUACAAUAUAUUAUAUGCAAAUGUUUACAUUAUAUAUUAUAAUAUGCAGACAAAUCUUGGUGGACCAUUGAACUGUUACACCAAUGUUGAGAAACGCUACUAUAUGGUUGGAGUUCGAGCAAAGGCCACUGCAUGUGGAGAACCUAACAGGCCAAAUAUUUAUUUGAAAGUCUCCACCCUCUACUGGUGGAUUCAGCACCAAAUGAGUCACUCACACUGAAGUUCUACUGUAUUUCUGGCCCUCUUCUUGGCAUAUAAAGCUGUCUGAUUGAGUUUGCUAACAUACUGAAGUAUUAAUGUAAUCUAAGUUCUGAGUGUCAUGUGUUGAAUGUUCUUAUAAUGUAAUUUAUUUGGAUAUUAAUUUCUUAUUUAGACUUGUCAUAUGGCACGUGUUCCUAAUUUGUGUUCAUAUUUUAUUUGUGCUAAUACUUGUUUUUAUUUAUU